AUGAUUUCUUUCUUUUUUCUGGGUUUUCUUUUGGCUUUUAUUGUAGGCAAUAUAAUCACUUUCUUGGUCUACCUUGCUCCAAUCACAACAUUUCACAAAGUAUACAAGAAACAAUCUACAGAAGGAUUUCAGUCACUUCCUUAUGUUGUUGAACUAUUCGGUUCGAUGUUGUCAAUAUACUAUGCAAUCCUUAAACAAGAAGUACUUCUUGAUCUCAUCGCUAUAAACUCAGUUGGAAGUUUAAUAGAGACCCUCUACAUUGCCCUUUUCCUAUUUUUUGCACCCAAGAAGUCUAGGAUGCAGACAAUACAUCUAGUCUUGUUGAUUGCUCUUGGUUAUGGUUUGAUGGUCAUAUUGACUCUAUUCCUAGCAAAUGGUCAUAAGCGUAUCCAAAUUGUGGGAUGGAUCUGUCUAAUAUUUAAUCUUAUUGUAUUUGCAGCUCCACUUUGCAUAAUGAGAAAAGUCAUACGGACAAGAAGUGUCGAGUUCAUGCCUUUUCCUUUAUUGUUUCUCCAGACGUUAGGCGCUGUUACGGGGUUCUUCUAUUGGCUUUUGCUCAAGGAUUACAAAUUCGCGUUUGCAAACGUACUGGGAUUUAUUUUCGGAAUUGUUCAGAUGGGGCUUUAUAUAGCCUACAGGAACAGGAAGGAAAUUUCGCAGGAGCCAAUGGUUAAUCCAAGACGCAACCAGGCAGUUCUGCAACCAAAUGAUAUUGCUGAAAAUGUCAUAAAUAUUAUUGAAGAUGAUAAUUUCUUAAGGUAA